UGUGCUGCUUGAGACAGCCUGGGCGCCAGUCUGCGUUUACGAUGCCUUCCGGAGCGAAAAGAAUUGUUCGGGUGCAGAUGAAAAUAGGGAGGGAGUGUUGACUUCACGAGUGGCGAACAGUGCCGCGAAGCCUCUCUUCCCCAUCAUCUUGUUCUUAGCAUAACCAGAGGAAGAACCGAGACCCCGACAUCGCAGAACCGUGUCAAAAUCGAAGGCCCAGAGUGAGCUGGUGGUCCACCCCUGAGGAAGUGUCUGCGGCCGGGUCAGGCUGAUCCUGCACACCCCCCCCCCCCCUCCGCCACAUCCACCCACGGUUCUCUGUAGCCCAGCUCUCCACCACCUCAUCCCCAGGCUCAGGCUGUCUACCCAGGGGGCGGAGAUCAUGUCUGUGCCCUCGACCCAGGAGUACCACUGGCAGAGCCUGGCACGGCUACCCAGCGGGCGUGUCUACCACUCCCUGGUGGAGGUGGGGGCCCAUAUGUACAUGCUGGGGGGGUGUGAUGCAGCGGGGAGGCCCUCCCCUGCUCUGGAGCUCUACUCCCCAGAGGGUGACCGCUGGUUGAGCCUGCCCCCCAUGCCGACCCCCCGUGCGGGCGCGGCCGUGGCUGUGCUGGGUAAGCAGGUGCUGGUGGUGGGGGGUGUGGGGGAAAACCAGUGCCCCCUGAAGGUGGUGGAAGUGUACAACACAGAUGAGGGCAGGUGGAGGAAGAGGAGUGGUCUGAGAGAGGCCCUGAUGGGCGUGGCCAUCGUUGUGAAAGAUGGGCGAGCCCUGGCCGUGGGGGGCAUGGGGCCAGAUCUGCUCCCCCGCAACAUCCUGCAGCAGUAUGAUCUGAGGAAGGACAUGUGGGCACUACUGCCAUCUAUGCCGACUCCUCGGUACGACGCCACAGCACACCUGCUAGGCAACAAGAUCUACGUGGCAGGUGGACGUCAGUGUAAGCGCUCAGUAAAGGCCUUCGAGUUAUUUGACUCUGAAACACGUUCCUGGACUACUCUUCCCAGCAUGCCAUGCAAGCGGGCCUACUCAGGUGUGGUCUGGGACAGCAUGGGCCGGCUGUCUCUGCUGGGGGGGCUACGGCAGGGGGGUGGGCACCAGAGAUCCAAGUUUACUAAGAACAUCAACAUCUUCGACACCAACCAGGGAGUGUGGUUGAAGUCUGAGGAGACGGUGCCUAUGAAGACUAAGAGGGCUGACUUUGCCGCCGCGGUGCUUCGGGGCAGGAUGGUGGUAGCUGGAGGACUAGGUCAUGAGCCAUUAGUGUUAGACACAGUGGAGGCCUUCCACCCUCAGAAGAAGAAGUGGGAGAAACUGGCGCCCAUGGCAACGCCAAGAUGCUCCGCCUCCUCGAUUGUCAUUAGGGACCGCCUCCUUGUGGUGGGAGGAGUCAACCAGGUCCCCAGCUCCGCCCACGAGAUCCUGUAUGUGAGAGAAGAGGAGUGUCUGUAGGAGGAGGACUCUGAGACCUGCUCACUGGCUGGAAGGAUUCUUGGCUGCAAUCAAUGAUUCUAGUUCUGCCAUUACUGUAGUUUGACAUAGUUUGAACUGGCAAUAUACACCAAAAGACACAGUAUGUUUGUGAAGAAAGAAAGGAGGAGUAUUAAGACAGUAAGGAGGGAGGACAGGGAGAGGUGGGUGGGGAGGAAUGGAUGGCGGUACAUUAUGUAACACUGUACCACCCUCUGGUGGGGAACACACUGCACUCAAUACAGAUUUGCUCACACAUACAGACACACACGCAUAAUGAGCUGGUUCUCGCUGUAAAUAUUUAUGAAGAGUUUUAGUAAGAAUAAGUCCUCUGUACUACUGGUCUCCCAUUUGGAGUGCACAACAGGUAGUCGACAUUUUGUAACUUUUGCAUCUAUUGUUCUAGACUUACCUCUCGCAUAACAUGUUUUAAAUAGAAAAUGUAGACAAGCUCUUUUAGGAAAUGCUGGGAAAAGGGAUGCAUUUUUCUAAUUGUUCUGUUAAUGCGCACACAAUGAUAUAUAAGGUGUAGUUGCAAUAUUGUCUGUUUUAAGCUGAGCAUGUAGACAGAUUGUGAAGUCACCUCUUUGCAUUUCUUAAGGGGUGUCACUGUUGAAAAUGUGCACAUUUUAUCUUCUGCCACAUCUAUGAACUAUUCCAAGAGAAUGCAACUGCUCUAGUCAAUAACAAAAAAACUGUAGACAUAGACUAUUGUUCUAGAACUUGGCUCAAAUCACAAUAACAUCGAAACAAAAUUUGCCAGAUUGCAUUCACAAUGAUAACAUGUACACUGGCAUUACACUGAGAAUACUCUAGUAUGACAUGAAUCAUCUGUUAAUGCAUAAUAUGUAUGUGUUGUAAGUGCUAAUCGUGGUUUGUUAAGUGUUUCUAUCAGGUUGUUCGUGGAUGAGAAACUGUAGCUCUGUUCAACAGUAGCCUUUUCACCCUCUGUAGUUACUUUAAUCCUACUUGUAUUUGCAAAUAUGCAAAUACUUUUUGUUCACUGCAACGAAACCAAUGCAGUAGACUGGUUGGUAGUAUUUUGCUAAAUAUUAUUGUGGAAUCGAUUUUUGUAAUUGAACCAGGUCUGAAUUUAUGCAUCCAUGAAAGAAGCAAUAGACCAUGUGUUCUACUUAUCGCUCAUGGUCCUCCAUUCGUGCACUACUGAUAAUGUCAUAAAAUAGUUUCAUUCUCAGGUUGUGAUUUAAAAGCACAAAUAAUAAAUACAUUGAACAAAACGUAAUCUUUAUUAUCAAUUU